CCAUGGAGUGGCGUUGCAUUCACUUUGUCGAAAACAUCAAAGACGCUCUUCGAAACCCGCCAUCUUUUAUCAGAUACGAACAGCGACGGGCUAUAAUAUUGCGAAAGUUCCUGAUCAAGGAACGGUCUUAACACUAACACUGUCGCCUUCAUCGACCCCAACAUCUGACCCAACAAGCUAGCCGAACGACUCCAUUCAGUACCGGCUGGCCGACUUCUCGAAGUAAGGUAUUUGGAACACCAGGCUGCGUAUUGCCUGCUCUCCUCGUCCCCUCAACAUCCGACCAGGUCUCGCUCACAAUGUCAACCAACAUUCGUCUGCGAGCCCGAGGUCCGGAAGGCGUAGCGACCAUCACAAUCGAUAAGUCUGCAACGUGGCAGGAGUUGCUCGGACAAAUAUCGAAGCACACUGGAGUCGAGGGAGAUUUCGAUCUCAGUUACGGCUAUCCUCCUCAGCCUCUAAAUGUCGAGUCAAUAUCCGGCACCACUCAAAUCUCCGACUUGCCCCAGAACCUCAAUGGAGAGCAACUCAUCGUCAAGCCGAGAGCGAUCCAAUCCAAAAUGUCAAAUCCGACUGCAGAGGCAAAGCCGCAACCGUCAGCCGUCAAACCUCUGCCGCCGCGGGAUCUUAUCUCACCACCUGCUCACAAGCAUGGUGAUUUCCCUCAACAGCCUCUAGGUUUGACGAGAAAACCGAGAGUAGACGUGGAAAGCGAACCGCCGGAGGUACCAGUGCCGAUGCUCGACGGUUCGAUGGUGCUUCGAGUGAUGCCCGACGACAACAGCUGCAUGUUCCGGGCUUUAUCUUCCGCGGUCCUCGGCUCUGCGUUGGACGGCAUGACCGAGCUUCGUAGCGUGGUGGCACAAACAAUUCAAGCCAAUCCAGAACUCUACACCAAAGGUCUGCUCGAGAAGGAGCCAACCGCAUACUGUCGCUGGAUUCAGCGAGAAGACAGCUGGGGCGGAGGGAUCGAGCUCGCCAUCUUAAGCCAACACUUCAACAUCGAAAUCUGCAGCAUCAAUGUCCAGGAUUUGCGAAUCGACAAGUUCAACGAAGGGCAGCCCACGCGCUGUAUCCUCGUCUACUCCGGCAUUCAUUAUGAUGUCUGCGCCGUGGCACCCUAUGCCGGAGCAGAUCCGGAGUUCGACAGGAAGGUCUUUGACGUUGUCAAGACAGGCGAUGACGAGAUCGACGGCGGUGCUCUCGAGGCCGCGAGAGAGUUGUGUAGAGUUCUGCAGGGAAGGCACUACUUCACCGAUACACAUGGCUUCACUGUGAAGUGUAACGUGUGUCAACAGACCGGGACUGGGCAGGAUUGGGCGGUGCAACACGCAAGGAGCACCGGACAUGGCGAUUUCGGGGAAGGCUGAACGUGCUGUAUUGGGCCAGGCGUGAGUCAUGGCCGAUCCAGGCAACAACUUCGGCGAACAACGAGCAACGGAUAUCAUGGAUCUUCUCUGAGCGAGUGAUUAGGGAAG